AUGGGGUAUGGGGAGUGGCCGGUGGUGGAGCUGGUUGCGAAUGGGGAGAAGCUGCGAAUCGAGCAGGACAACAGCUCGUUCGAGGUCGGGACGUCGGUGUGGAGGGGAUCGCUGGCGCUGGUGCGGUGGCUGGAUCGAUGCGUGAGGGAGAAGAGCGGAUCGGCUCCCGAGCUGCAAGGGAGGAGAGGGGUGGAAGUCGGGGCAGGAUGCGGUGCAGCGGGCUUGGGGGCAGCGCUGUUGGGAUUGAAUGUCGUUCUGACCGACAUUCAGGCGGUGAUGGGAGCUCUGAAGCGGAACGUGAAGAGGAAUGUGGCCGCCACGUCGCUGGCGAAUGCGGGCAAAGGUGGUUGCAGUGCAGGAAAGGUGAAGACCGCGCAGCUGCUGUGGGGAAAUGCGAAGCAGACUGCGGCUGUGAAGCCUCCUUUCGACGUGGUCAUCGCUGCCGACGUCGUGUAUGUGGACUCCAUCGUCAUGCCUCUGAUCAACGCCCUCUCCGAUCUCUCGAACGCCGAAACUUGCAUCCUCCUCGCUUACCAGCUUCGGGAUCCCGAUGCCCAUGCCCUAUUCUGGCGCCUGCUUCCCGACUACUUCGACAUCCAGAAAAUCGACCGCAGCGAAUUCGACCCAAAAGACGCAAACGCUGAGACUGACAUUUACAUUCUGAAGAAAAAAUGA